AUGCGCUUUAAUUCGACCUUAUCCAUUUCGAUAUCUUGCGUUGACGCAUUGAUUUUGUCGACUAUCACUGGCCGUCGCCCAGCAGGAAAAUGGGUCGCUGAAGAUGGGAACGCGAUGACGUUGGCUUCUUUCAUUGCCGUGGAUGUUGAGGUUGUCGAUACAUUUCGAGAUGCGGCGAAAGAGAAGUACAAAGACAGUUACCUCGCAGGGAUUGCCACGUCCGAUCUCACAGCAUUCGACGCGAAGAGUGUGGCUACGUAUUCUCGGGGCUCGUUGGCAGAGAUUGAUGAAAGAGUGACACUCAUCGUGGUUGUUUCUGAUGCCGACGAUGGGGAUGAAGGUAAUAUAUCUACAUUCUCUGUCGAUAACAUCUUAUGGUGA